AUGACCUGGGGACAAUUCCUAGAUCACGACGUCACCUUAACAGAGCUGCCUGAAGACUUGGAUUGUGGGAUAAACAAUGCACCAUGCCAACCCAUUCCUGGAUGUGUUAACAUAAAAAUCCCGAAUGGUUUAGAACUGUUAUUUAACGAAUCUGUACAAUGCAUUCCUCUUCCCAGGUCUGUGAGAAACCCAGCUGGUGACCAGGUUAGCGGAGUAUUUAACUUUUUCAUAAAUGUCCAGUGAUACACACAGUAGCAUCUAUUUGAUAUGGUUUCCCACAGGCAGCCCAAGCUCAGUAUGAGAGUUAAAUCAUUAAUACGUUUGGUAUCCUAUUGCGUAAUCUUCAAAACGGCCGUGAACUUAAAGUGCUUUAAUGGAAAUUAAGUAAGAGAUUCAAGAAGAUCAAUACUCGCUGGGAUUUCCAACAAAAAAUGCCUAACUUGAAUAAGCUAGUUACUGUUUGCUUCCUGUGUGAUUUUUUUUCCCGAUCUGAUGCGAUUUUAGGAGCGAUGGAAGAAAUAAAAAAUUGCUAAAUUCGCAUCAGCACACAUGAAGCAUGUUAACUCUCAUACUGAGUUUGGGCUGUCUGUGGAUUUCCCAGAGUGGGAAAGUUUUCCAGACGCGAGAACCCUUAAGAAUAGAACACAAACUAGGUUUUGAGUGAGAGUAGGACCAAACGUUUUGAGUAAAAGUUAUGCAUAAGCGAAACAGGCCAGACUAGGCUGCCGUUUCCGGGAACAUCUUCGAGAUGUUGAAAGAGACGUAUCGAAACCAGUUGCUCCCACUUUAAUCUUGCAAAUAAGGCCACGUGGUAAUCAUCUGCACUAUCACAUGGCACUAACAAAAGACUCCGGGUUUGAAUGACACUCAGAGUCUAUGGAAAAGCAUUAUUUACUCGUUGGCAUACACUAUCAUCAUUCGAUGCAAAUUUUUCUUCCUUUUCAUUGGCCUAGAACCCACCACGUGACCUGCGAGUAACUGCCAACAAAUAAUGGUCUUCUCAUGCGAAAUGUCGUCCAACUGUGUUUGGCUGCAAAACAUCUUCUGCUUAUGUGUAAAUGAAACCACGCUUUUCUCCUCCUUGCAAUCGCUCUUCCGUUAAAAAGGCAGAUUGCUUACAGUCCAUGAGUUUAUUUAUAUUUAUUAAUAUGUUCAGUAUUCAACCACGUCUAAUAAUUGUUAAUUUUAUUUUUCAUUUGAAAUAAAUAUUGUCUCUUAUACCAAUAACGUCUUUAUUAUUUCAGAUAAAUAUUAUUACCGCUUAUGUUGACGGGUCACAAGUGUACGGAUCAAGCGAUGAAUUAGCUAAACAGCUUCGAAGUCCCAAAGGCCAUGGACUUCUAGAUACGGUGCCACUGAGAAACAUUGGAGGCCUACCAAGACUUCCUGAUGCUAAUGAAGAAGCCUUCUGUAGAUCUCCCAAUCCAGAAGAAAAACCUUGCUUUAUUGCUGGCGAUGCUCGAGUCAAUGAAAAUCAAGGUAGAAAAGACGUUAUCUUUUUAAAAAUCUUUCAAAUCACCAAUCAAAAUUCAAGUCAAAAGAAAACAGAUUCAUAUUAUUUAAGAUUGUAUUAUUCAGUGAAAGUGCCGCCCAAGACACAUAAUUCGUUUUGUAUGUUUUGACAUCUUUCUAUUCAUUUGAUUGCAGGAAUGUUAUUAGAGGCGGUACAUUCAAACGUAAAAAAAACUAAUUUGACAAGUCUAAUUACCUUAUUGACAUAUUUGUUAGAGGAUAAUUGCAAGUGGAUGCGCUACGUAGAUAGAUGAUAGAUAGAUGCAAACUGGUAAAAAACUGGUAUUAUAGUAAUUAACUAACAAAUUCUAAAUUUUCAUUCAAAACUCGUCUCUUAAUCAGCAUAAAGGAAUAACCGUGGAGCAAUUUUAUUGCAGCUCUUAUGGCGAUGCACACUUUGUGGGUUCGCGAGCACAACCGUAUUGCAACAAACCUUAAAUUGCUCCGUCCCUACGCGGAUGACGAGACACUGUUUCAAGAGGCGCGUAAGAUUGUAAUAGCAGAGCUUCAACAUAUCACCUAUAACGAGUGGCUUCCAGUAUUAUUCCCCAGUAAAGAAUUGGUAAGAACUUUAUCAAAGUAUGUUAUAUCCGCACCUAUGAUGAGUCCUCUUACGGCCUCUUGAACUUACUUGUUCCCCUGUUGAUAAUCAUUUCACUAAUAUUCUUAGGCAUUUAAUUAAGUUAACUGAUAGAACGUACGGUGGUAUAAAAUUUGACUUCCCUAAAAGCAUACGUGAUGGAUAAUGCGCAAUUAAUUUCCUGGGAGACCCACAGUUUGAUGAGGCUAAAGAAACGGUGAACAAAUUUCAAAUUUUGAAGUUUUGAAGUUUAAUUUUUUAUUUUCCUUAAUUCAGUCUAUAUGUUGUUUAAAAUAACGUUUUGGCUAUGAAUGUCAGCCUUAGUCAUAUUCUUGAGAUGUUUUUAAGUUUAAUUUUACUGAAAAAGAGACAUUGUGUGACUGUCAGUUCAAUGCCAAGAAAAAGAAAUGUUGACCAGUGCAGACAAUAAGUUUUUUGUUACAAUAACAAAAACAGUAAAUUUUAAAAUCAUUUUAAAAAAAAUUAAAUAGUUUAACUCUCACGGAGGAAUUCGUUCCUAAAUUUUAACUUCGCUUUAAAAUGAAAUACAUUUGCACUUUGUCUAGUAUUUUACUGAUUCGCUAAAAAUGCUCUAACUUAGGAACUGAUAAAUGCGUCAUGUUGUCAAAGUGACAAUUUUGCAUGAUUCUUACCUUUGCAAUCAUUUAUUCUUUUAUUUCUUUCUUUCUGUUCUAACGCUUGGCCCAGCGUGCACGUAUGUUGAGUUCUAACUCAUUUUAAGCUAAGUCUAAACUAAGGGGGCCUUCAUACUUGGAAAAAAAAACGGCCACUUAACUGAUAACUGAUCGGCGAAAGCACACACAUUAUUUGCGUCAUCCUUGCCCCGGCAUUUAAUACAAGAGAGCGCAUUUUCAAAAUGUUUUUAUAUUUCUUUUUCAGAGAAAACAAUUUGGUGUUCUUUUAAAACCUAAAGGAAAAUUCUUCACUGGAUAUGACCCCGAAGUGAAUGUGCAAUGCACCAACGUUUUCUCUACAUCCGCUCUGAGAAUGGGUCACAGUUUAAUUCGCGCCGUUUUUGAUUUGAGAUCAGCCGACGGCACCUUUAGUCGAUUUAGAGGAUCUGAUCGGUCCCUGCCUAGAGACAUUCGUUUUGCUGAGCCAGUUGACUUCUUCAUCCCAACAAGGUUUUUUAAUAAAAAUGAACAAAGCGUCUUUACAAGAAUUUUGUUCGGGCUGAUAUUUUUCGUGGCUCAGACUCCUGAUCGGUAAGUAUAGCGCUCUUUAACCCUUAAUGAUAUUUAGACUGGGCCUGAUUUAGGUCCCUAGGACUCUAACUCCAGCAGUGUAGUAUUUUUAAUGACGCAGCACGCUAGCAACACACCAGCACUGCCCUGUCCAUUUCCUGACCCAAGCAUAUCGGAUCCAUGUAACCAAGACUGCAGUUAUAGCUUCCUUUCUCGCCAAAGGUCUUCACAGUCAGCCCGCAUGAAGUUCAAACCCCCAUACGUUGUGUUCUUUUAUGCUCCAUCAUACCCUUUUGUGUCGUACAAUCUUAAUAGCCUCAUAUGGUUACAUUUUCAUGACAACGCUACAUGACUCCCUCAUGGUGUGAACAUAGCCUAUCGCUAUGUUCACACUAUAUCUAUAAAUAGUUCUUGCGUCGGCACCAAAACCAUACCGGAUAGGGCUUCUGUUCACACAUACAUUAUUCUAAGGUGGUCUAUCAUGUGACAUGGAUUAUGUCGGUUUCACUAAUCGACACCUACAUCCACGCAUCAGCGAACACACAAGCUCAGCUCGUUGAUCGGAAGGCACAUCAUGCGUGAAAGGACAUGGGGCCGAGAAGCCAACCCUCACGGACAAUUUUUCGGUCCUCAAAAAAUGCAGAAAUGAAUUCAAAAGCCUUGUCUACGAGAUACUAAUUAUACAAAAACUCAAACUAUCACUGAACAUUGAAUCGGAUUCGAUUCGCGCUAAGCUUUUCUAUUAAAUACAUUUACAUAGGGUGGAUUAUUUGCAGCAUACAACGGUAUACCCGUCGCAUUUGCCCAAUGGAAUUUUUUUUUUAAAACUCAAAAACAAUAAAAAAUUCAAACGGGCAAAUGCGAUGUAUAUACUCGUAUGCUGCAAAUGAAUCCACCCAUAAUAAUGAAGCACGCGCGAAUGCAAUCUUAUUUAUUCAAACUACACCUCUUUUAACAACUUUGAAACUUUACACUCUUGAUAAUGAUAUUCGAAGCAUCGAAAAUUCGAGUAACGCGUUCUUAAGUUCAAAUUUUCUUGUUAAAUCAGCUGCAACAAGCUCUGAACUGACUAUUGGACUUAAGUGCAAGAUUAUUUUUAGUUCCCAGAUGGCCUUGUAACUUUUUUGAUAGAGUCAUUGUUUGUGAACAACUGCUCCUUCCUUAAUGUAGACGCUUAGUAUUAGAAAUAUGAUUUCUCUAAUAGAAUCUCAUUCCUUUUAUAGUAUCUUUGUGAACGCUGUACGCGAGCGACUCGUCAUUGAAGGCAAUAUCUUUGGCGAUCUCAUGGCCAUCAACAUUCAGCGUGCUCGGGACCAUGGCCUGCCAGGUUACGCCCAUUAUCGAGAAGUGCUUGGAUUGGGAGCUGUGAAUUCUUUUGAUGACCUUUCGGGUACUUUCUCUUCAGAGCAGAUUGCAAGAUUUAAGGUUGUAUACAAAAAUGUCAAAGAUGUUGAUGUUUUUCCCGGCAGCAUAGCAGAGGGUCCCCUUCCAGGAAGCGUGCUUGGAAGCGUAAAUACCCAUAUUAUACUAAAGCAGAUGGGAAAGUUUCGCUCUGGUGAUCGCUUUUGGUACGAGAGAGAUGACCACUUGACCGCCUUUACGCUCAAACAGCUGGAUGAAAUAAGAAAAGUUACUAUGGCAAGAGUCAUGUGCGACAACCUUGACGGUGCCACCCGCAUUCAGCGUUGGGUAUUCAAAACAAUAAAAUCCCGCCGAAGUGUGGUUGACUGUGCAGACCUAGAUUACGUUGACCUGAAAGAAUUCAGUCAAGGUGACUUUUAUCUAUUUCAAAUAUUUCUAAUAUAUUCGAUUUAUUUUCAUCUUCCAUCUGUUGACUAAUAUUAUUACACUUGACGAGUUUUCUCUCGUGUUUGACAAACAGGAGACGCGGCAUUACGAGUAUGAGUUAGGCAGUUAACGCAACGAGAGGGCUUACUCACAGUCGCUCACAGGGUACAGAAAGCAACACAAACUAGACGCCUGGAGGCGUUCAGUGUUCUGUCAAAAACUUCAGGAUUUCUAGACAUAUAUAUGAUAUUUUAUGACAACGAGAAGCUUGACAGAACAAACUACAGCUCAUAGAAGUUGAUUGCAUUUUGAUGUGCAGGGGUUGCACAUCAGUUUUGAUUUAAAAUGUCUAUGGCUGGUGUCAACUGCUUUUGACCAAGGAUGGAAAUGUGGCAUUGAAAAUAAACCAUUUUACACUUGUGGGCUUGGUGUCCUAGCCUUUGAGUGAACGUGAGGCUGGGGUUGACCUUGUUUUAACGCAAACCUCUUUCCUUUUCUCAUGGAAACUGUGCUAAAAAAAAAGUCCUAGUUAUCAUAAAAACAUCAGGAUUUACAUAGUAAACCAGGAAGGGUUAUAUUGGUCAACUCCAGCCUCGUUUUCGCCGUUAACUGUAAAAUGGUCUAUGAUAUGUUCAAAUAAUCAACCUCGGUUAAAAUAACGUAUUGCUCAAUUAAGUUACACCGUGAGUAACUACUAUUUUUUUCCUUUUCUUUAAUUUUGAUAGGAGCUGGAGUGGAACCGAUGGAAGAAACUGGUGGUGAAGAAAGUGCCGCUGCCUGAAUCCUUCAUCACGUGUGAAACCCUUACUUUUCUUAUUCGUAAUUUCACUUUAUUCUAACUAAAGAUAAGAUGAUCAUGCAAACCUUUGAGAGAGACGGCACCAGGCAAGAAACCUAGCAUUUCUUCUAUUCAAAACCUGGAGUUUAAUCUCCUGCUUUAUCAAUAAAGUAUUUGAAUGAAAUGCUACGAAGUCUGAUGUAGUUAAUAGCGGCGAAUUUAAGGAAACGGAUCUGUUUACCCUGACGUCGCCCUUUACUAAAUACACCCUUUGACAUGAGCCAGCUUGGGAAAAUCCUUCG